AUGGGAGUUGAAGUGAAGUUGCCUCCACAACUAAAAGCAUGUCUUGUUGAGGACUGGGACUUGGUAAACAAGGAGAAGCAGUUGUUCCAACUCCCUGCUGAGAAGAAUGUAGAUCAUGUGACUUUCCUGAAGUCACAGAGCAGGUGGGAGAAUUAGGAAUAUUCCGUUGAUGAACUUGUGUAUGGAAUUAGAGAGUAUUUCAACAAGAUGCUGGGUACUCAGCUGCUCUUUCAGUUUGAAAAACCCCAGUAUGAUGAGAUCCUCCUUGCUUACCCAGAUAUUCCGAUGUCUCAGAUUUACGGAGCUCCACACCUCUUGCGAUUAUUUGUGAACAUUGGGACUGCUUUGGCCCAUUCGUCACUUAAUAUGCACAGUCUUAUGUCAGUGUCCAGCUAUAUGCACAGUUUCCUUAAUUACCUUGCAGAGAAUUCCACUUCUCUGUUUGGUGCAAGCAAUUACAAAAUGGCUUCUGUUGCAUAUUGCUUCAAAGCCCUGUGA